AUGCCUCUACAUCUUCUAGGCAAGAAAUCGUGGAAUGUCUACAACCCUAAGAAUAUUGAGCGCGUGAGGCGCGACGAAGCAGCUGCUAAAGCCCGCGACGAGGCUGAAGAGCAACGCCAACAAGAAGUCGAUGCCGAACGUCGUCUAGCCAUCCUACGAGGCGAGACCCUCCCACCUAUACCCCCUCCCCCUCAACCGAGCGUUGAAGAUGAGUCUCAUAGCCAGAAACGAAGUCGCAAUGAGGAUCCGGGAGCACCAGGCUGGGGUAGGGAACGUAGGAAGCGAAAGCGCGUAGGUGAAGAUGAUACAGAUUUUGAGUUGCGACUUGCGCGCGAGCAGGCGAGUGCGACAAAGAUGACAAGCGAUGCGCUUGUAAAUAGCACCAGCAAUGCCCCAAUCGUGGAUCACACCGGUCAUAUAGACUUGUUCCCUGAAGAGCGAUCGCGUGUGCCUAUACAGAAAAACGAAGAGGCCGAACGGGAAGCGGCCAAGAAGAAGCGAGAAUAUGAAGACCAGUACACCAUGCGCUUCUCUAACGCCGCUGGUAAAGAGGGAUUGGUUGGCCCUUGGUAUGCAAAAGGUGGCGAUAUCAAGGACGUCGUAGAUGGUAACCUGGAUGCGCCGAGCAAAGACGUAUGGGGUAAUGAGGACCCGCGGCGGAAAGGGCGGGAGGCUGCACGCGUUGUAGCAAAUGAUCCUCUUGCAAUGAUGAAGAGAGGUGCCGCAAAGAUUAGGGAGGUUGAGAAAGAAAGACAAAAGCUAAACGAGGAGAGAGAGCGAGAGCUAAAGCAGCUUCGAAAAGAAGAAAAGAGACGAGAGAGGAGGAGGCGGCGAGAAGGGAGAAAGGAUUAUGAUGACCUGGAGGGUUUCACUCUAGAUGGUACAGCUUCCAGCAAACCUCCGGCCCGCUCUAAAGAUGACGACGAUCAUUAUCAACAUCGACGAUAUCGUCACUCCCGGGAGGAGAGCGGUCGAUCUCGGCGCCACUCCGAACAUAGAGAACACAAAGAGCACGAAUAUGAUCAUCAGAAACAAAGUUCCCGAUUAAACCACCAGGAGCAAGAUCAGGGAUUAUCAAAACAUGAUAGACGGCGAGAAGGGAGGGCAGACAACUACUAG